AUGGACCUGGUUCUUCAUACCCAAUCGGUGGAGACGCGCUCGCAAUGGCCUCGCGCCAUCAGAAAAGACCCUGUGGAAGCGGAAGAUGACUGGGCUGGCCUGGGCGACCCAAAGGAGCGCAGAAAGCGACAAAACCGCCUGAAUCAGCGCGCUUUUCGCCAACGGAAACGGGCGAUGCAAAAGAAGAGAACGGUCCAAGAGCAAAUCGAAGAGUUGAUCGCUACCGGCGAAGUCACAUUACUACCCCGAUCGUCGUCAACAGAGUCACCACCGAGUAUCACAAGCGAAGGGAACCCUCUGGUCUCGCAAUGGGAACGUCGGGCGUGUUUUCUUGGAGAUGAAAUCGAUAAGCUUCUCGAGCGGUUCAGCCAAAGAGCCGUGGAAAGCUAUGUCAAUGGGUCCCCGUCCGCAGACCACCUUCUAACACUCUGCAAAGUCAACGUUUUCCGUGCCUUCAUGAGCAACAUGUACACAUUAGGCAUGUCGCCCGGGCCAGAGUGGAUGGAGGAUGAGGCCAUUUCACCAUUCUGCACCUCGCUUCCUGGGUAUCACACGGAGGACCAACUGCCGGUCAGUCUCCGUCCCACACAACUCCAACUCUCGACGUCACACCACCCAUGGCUAGACUUCUUCCCGUUUGCUCGGAUACGGGACAACUUGAUUAUGGCAGGAGACUUUGAUGAUCAUCCGCUCUGUCUCGAUAUUAUGGGCUUUUGGGACGUGAGGGACGAAUCUUGCGGGUUGCUCGUGUGGGGAGAUCCCACGGAUCCUCAGAACUGGGAAGUGUCAGAACAGUUUCUGCGGAGAUGGCCUUGGGUCGUAGCUGGGUGUCCGGAGCUCCUCGAGUAUACCAAUCGAUGGCGCAGUUCACGCGGAGAAAAGAUGAUUUUUCGAUAUUUAUAA